UCGUGGGAAGACAUUUCUAUGGAUUUUGUUCUUGGAUUACCUCGGACUCAGAGGGGGAGGGAUUCUAUCUUUGUUGUAGUUGAUCGGUUUUCAAAGAUGGCCCAUUUUAUUCCAUGUCAUAAGACUGAUGAUGCUUCACAUGUAGCUGAUUUAUUUUUCAGGGAGGUCGUCCGUUUACAUGGAGUACCGAAGACAAUUGUUUCUGAUCGUGAUACAAAAUUUUUGAGCUAUUUCUGGAAGACAUUGUGGUGUAAACUGGGAACCAAGUUACUAUUUUUGACUACAUGCCACCCACAAACAGAUGGUCAAACUGAGGUUGUCAAUCGUACUUUAUCAACACUGCUACGUGCUAUCUUGAAGAAGAAUUUAAAGUUGUGGGAGGAGUGCCUUCCUCAUGUUGAGUUUGCUUAUAACAAGGCGGUACACUCCACCACUAAUUUCUGUCCUUUUUAAAUUGUUUAUGGUUUUAAACCCCAUACUCCAAUAGAUCUUUUGCCCCUACCAUUGCAGGAGAGGGUGAAUUUGGAUGCUGCCAAGCGCUCAGAAAUAAUCAAGAGCUUACAUGUCGAGACGAGGAUGAAUAUUGAGAAGAAGUCACUUCAGUAUGCAAAACAGGCCAACAAGGGCAGGAAAAAGGUUACAUUUCAACCAGGUGAUCUUGUGUGGUUACAUCUUCGUAAGGAGCGAUUUCCUCAAAAACGCAAGAAUAAGUUAUCCCCAAGAGGAGAUGGGCCUUUCAAAGUACUUGAACGGAUAAAUGACAAUGCUUACAAGAUCGAGUUACCAUCAGAUUACACUGAUGUCAGUGCAACGUUCAAUGUCAAAGACUUACUUCCAUUUUUUGGAGGAGCUGAGUCGAGGACGACUCCUUUUCAAGAGGGGGAGGCUAAUGAGGACAUGUCCAGUAAGGAUCCAAUAUCCAAAUCUGAUACAAGUGCUAAUGACAUUGUGGGACCAAUCACUAGAAGCAGGUCUAAGAAACUAGAGAAGGAAAUGCAAGCCCAGGUGAAUGCUAACCUUUAUUCAUCUAAUUCUGAUAUCUCAGGAAAUAUGCUACUUUCAUAUUCUUCUUUUAUGAUUCUCAGAAAUGACGGUUUACCCAAAGACAUUUAGCAUAUGAAGGCACUGUAUCAGAAAUAAAGAGCUACA